AGACUUCCCCGAUGACCAGCUCUCGUAAUGUUCUUGGUCUCUCCCUAAACAAAAAUUUUUUUUUACUAUUCAUCAAAAACAAAAUCAUAUCUUACGCUGCCUCGUUUCAGAUCUACCUAAAUAAUACAAAUAGCAAAUCCCCCUGUUAAAUCUUCUCUGUCACGCCAACCAGAAUAAUUCCCCUGAAAUUCAUUUCUUCAGAGAUAGAUUUAUCGAUUGGCGAAGAUUAGUGACUUUUAAUUAUGUGGAGUUCCAUUGAGACUUUGAAACAAAACCUAAACAAGAUUGCAUUGGAUGUGCACGACGAUGAUGAGGAAGGGCUUGAGAUCUAUGGCUCUAGCAAUGGCCACGAUUUGUCGGUCGCUGAUCGAAGAAAUUCUCACAGUUUCGCGCAUUCGAAGUCUGUUUCGCGGUCUCCCAUGGCUAAUGGGACGGACUUGCCAUAUAAUUCAGAGACUGAACAGUACAAAGCAGAAAUUAGAAGGCUUCAGGAAUCUGAAGCUGAAAUCAAAGCAUUAUCAAUUAAUUAUGCGGCUUUAUUGAAAGAAAAAGAGGAUCAAAUUUCCAGAUUGAACCAAGAAAAUGGCUCAUUGAAGCAGAAUUUGGAUGCAACAAAGGAUGCUCUCAGUGUUUCCAGAAGUGAGAAUUCAAGAGCAUCAACAAAUAGCGUCCAUGCACUCAAGGGAAGUGGUGAUCAGUCCCCCAACCAACAUCAUAAAUCUGUAACUCAAGUCAAAGCCCGUUCUGGUGGAAACCAAACACAGAAUGGAGUAGGUAAUGGAAUAUCACAUCCUGAUCAAGUUGAUGCUGUUUAUAAUAAGGUGGAACUCAAAUAUUCAAAUUUUCCAGGGAAGGAAAAGGAGCUUGCAGAUUUGCUGGAGGAGAAAAAUAGGUCCCUGGCAGCAUUGAAGGCCACCCAUGAGUCACAAAUAAAUCAGCUCAGACUGGAACUUGACAAGGAACGUGAUAAGUUAGCAAUUGUACAGAAAAAAUUACAAGAGGAACACAGGUUGAAUAAAUCUUUUCAAGAGGAGCUCAGGAUGCUACAACUGAAUGAAUCCAAAACUUCUUUGGAGAUGAGUAAAGUACAUAGUGAAUUGAAUGAGAAAAUAUCAGAGAUAAGGAGACUGCAAAUGGAGUUAAGUAGAAGGGAAGAUGAAGAUGCUGAUGACACUAUAAAGGAUUUGAAAAAAACAAUUGCCACUCUGGAGAAGGAGAAUACCAGCCUUAAGAUAGCAAAGAAUGAACUUGAGGCUGCCUUGGAAAUGAGGAAAAGUGCUUCUCCUGAUAGAAAUUUCCCAGAUGGGGGGAUAGGUUCAUCUGGAAGUUCUCAUGUUAAGGAAGAAAUGGGUUCCUUGUUGCAAAAAUUGGAGAAAGAUUUAAAGGAAACACGCAAUGAAAGGGAUAAAGCAUUGCAAGAAUUGACUCGUCUUAAGCAGCAUUUAUUAGAAAAGGAGUCUGAAGAAUCAGAGAAAAUGGACGAGGAUAGUAAAAUCAUUGAAGAACUUCGUGAGAGUAAUGAAUAUCAAAAGGCUCAAAUAUUACAUUUGGAGAAGGCUCUGAAGCAGGCAAUUGCCAAGCAGGAAGAAGUCCGGAUGAUUAACGACAAUGAAAUCCAGAGGUCAAGGGAAAUUAUUGAAGAUUUAAAUAAGAAACUUGCAAAAUGUAUAAGCACUAUUGAUUCCAAAAAUGUUGAGCUUUUAAAUCUUCAAACAGCUCUUGGUCAGUACUUUGCUGAAAUUGAAGCUAAGGAACAUUUGGAGCAAAAUUUGGCUUUGGCAAGAGAGGAAACAAUGAAGCUUUCUGAGCUUUUGAGAGAUGCGGAACAAGGAACAGAAGCAUUAAGGAGAGAAAAAGAAGAAAUCUUGACCAAUCUGUCACAUUCUGAAAGGAUGGUAGCAGAAGGGAAGAACAGAGUAAAUAAGCUUGAGGAGGAUAAUGGAAAACUACGUCGUGCUCUUGAACAGAGCAUGACCAGGCUUAAUAGAAUGUCAAUGGAUUCUGAUUAUCUAGUUGACAGGCGCAUUGUGAUCAAAUUAUUAAUAACCUACUUCCAGAGGAACCACAGCAAAGAGGUUCUGGAUCUCAUGGUCCGGAUGCUAGGGUUUUCUGAAGAAGACAAGCAGAGGAUAGGUGUUGCUCAACAAGGUGGCAGGGGUGUUGUUCGGGGAGUUUUGGGACUCCCUGGCCGCCUAGUUGGUGGAAUCUUGGGGGGAAGUUCAGCUGAUGCACAUGCAAAUGCAGCAUCUGAAAAACAGUCCUUUGCAGAUCUAUGGGUUGAUUUUCUUCUCAAGGAAACUGAAGAAAGGGAAAAGAGGGAAUCUGCAGAAGAUACAGGUAGACCAAAAGAAGAUUUCCAAGGAAGAAGUUCUAUGUCAGGGGUUGGUUCACCUCUGCCAGCGCCUUAUACAGCAGGUACUGCAUCUCUAGUCCCAAAUUUUCCUCCAACACAGAACUAUAAUUCCUUCCCCAUUCAAGGAAAUUUACGGCCAUUUGAACACUCUGAUACUGAGUUCUCAACAGUUCCUUUAACAUCCUCAGAUAGCACUUCCCGGUUUUCAAGAUUGAUGAAACACUGAAAAUAUGAUAAAUCGUGUAAUUAGUCAAAAGUAAAAGAUUUGUUCAUUGAUGUUGUAGUUUGCAGUUCUGUUCAAUCAAUUCUUUCAUGUGUUACGAUUUUUCUCAUAGUUUUCAUGUAAAACCUCUUGCUCAAUCAGUACUUUCAUGUUGAAAUGUGAAUUCCUUUUCCCUUCCCCUUUC